AUCAGCUCUCCACCUCAACCAGAGACUAUUCCUGGUUCCGACGAUGGCAAACGGUGCAAGAUUCGCCAGAAGAAUGAGAGGAAGCACCAAAGACAGAAGGAGAAGCGAGCUCAAGAGCUGCAUGAGCGCUGUAUUUCAUUCCUAACUUCUCGGAAGCUCGAAGCUCUUUCUCAUCAGCUUGUGUCCAUGGGUUUUCCUGCUGAUCGCGCUACCAUGGCCAUCAUAGCAAAUGAAGGUCGGAUGGAAGAGUCUGUCGCCUGGUUGUUGCACGAGGAAGAAGAGGAUAACAAGCAGCAGGUUUCAGUCAACUUAGCAGACAAAAGCUGCAUUAAGAUUGAUAUUAAAGAUGAGCUUGCAAGAAUUGCAGAAAUGGAGGCUCAGCACAAAUGCUCAAGGCAGGAUGUUGAGAGG